AUGUGGACUGUUUAUGACCAUAUAAGCGUCCCACAGGCGUUUGGGGGACUCCCUAUGAUGCCAAUCCAGGCUAUGACACAGCAGGCGACUAGGCAUGCUCGCAGAGUAUAUGUUGGUGGCCUUUCCCCUCAAGCAAAUGAACAGUCAGUGGCUACUUUUUUUAGUCAAGUUAUGGCUGCUGUUGGUGGAAACACUGCUGGUCCAGGUGAUGCUGUUGUUAAUGUUUACAUAAACCAUGAGAAGAAGUUUGCUUUCGUGGAGAUGCAUUCUGUUGAAGAGGCAAGUAACGCAAUGUCUUUGGAUGAGAUUAUAUUUGAGGGAGCUCCAGUGAAGGUGAGAAGACCUAGUGACUAUAACCCAUCUCUAGCUGCAUCACUUGGUCCAAGCCACCCCAGCCCUCAUCUAAACUUAGCUGCCGUUGGUCUGACUCCAGGUACUUCUGGUGGGCUCGAGGGCCCAGACCGUAUUUUCGUCGGUGGGCUUCCUUACUACUUCACCGAGCUGCAAGUCAGGGAGCUGCUGGAGAGCUUUGGCGCCCUCAAGGGCUUUGAUCUCGUGAAAGAUAGAGAAAAUGGCAACUCUAAAGGAUACGCUUUCUGCGUCUACCAAGAUGUAGCUGUUACAGACAUCGCGUGCGCUGCCCUAAACGGCAUCAAAAUGGGAGAUAAGACGCUUACCGUGAGACGUGCGAACCAAGGAACAAUGCAACCGUCGAAGCCUGAGCAGGAGAGUAUAUUGUUGCAUGCACAACAGCAGAUUGCUUUUCAGGUGAAUAUGUUGCAGCCGGGACCAGUGGCAACAACAGUUGUAUGUUUGACUCAAGUUGUUAAUGAGGAUGAGCUUAGAGACGACGAGGAGUUUGAAGAUAUCAUGGAUGACAUGAGGCAAGAAGGCGGCAAGUUUGGUGCGUUGACCAACGUUGUGAUUCCGCGUCCCAGUCCCAGCGGUGAGCCAGUUGCUGGCCUUGGCAAGGUGUUCUUGAAGUAUGGUGAUACUGAUGGAUCGUCAAGGGCAAGAAGCGGGAUGAAUGGUAGAAAGUUUGGAGGGAACGAAGUGGUUGCUGUGUUCUACAAGUUUGAUCAGGGAGACUAUGGAGCCUGA